GUGUCCUGUAUCUCACCGUGUGUGCCUUCACGCCCCGUGCUGUCAGACAGGAGCUGGCCAGGGGAAGAUGGUGUUACCGGGGCUGCUGUUGCUGGAGCUGGCUCUCUACUCCAGCUGCUUCAUCUGUGGGAUUGUCACCGCCGCCUCCAUCACCAUAGUCCAGGGUAAUUUUGGAGGUCGGUGCAUGCUGUAUGGACUUGUGAACUACAACGCCACAGCGAGCCUGAUCGGGGUGCAGUCCUCCAGCCCCCCCUCUCUGUGCUACUUCGUGUCGGCCAUAUCAGUCCUGGUGGCGGUGACGUGCUUCUCUCUGUCUCUGUACUGGGUCUACUCUCUGUGCAGCGACGGGGAAAUCAGGAGGGAUCGCCUGUGGAUGAACCUGACGCUAGCUGUGAGCGGAGUCUUCCUCUUCUUCCUGCUCAUCACGGGCUGCAUGCUGAAGAUCGGACGCGACUCGCUCUGCAACUCUGUCCUCCAGAACGUGCCCAACAUCACCAGAUGUGAAGAGGCCCAGGAUAGAAAUUGGGUCAGUCCGCUUAAAGGGGAAAGGUUCUACAACAGUCUGCACAAAGCCGAGGCGGCGGUGUGGGUGAACUUCUUCUUCUGGAUCACCAUCGGGGUCCUGGUGGUCCUGCAGAGGCGUCAGAGCUCCGUGUCCAAGAUCAUCGCAGCGGGGUUCGCAGGGUACGGGGGGGCGGCGGCGGGGGGGCUGUUUGGAGACGCGGGGGUCACAGCUGCCGAGACGGAGCCUUUCUUUAACAAUCCUGCAAGUCCACAGUGAGACGAUAUCACACAAUGAUGACAUACAGAACACGUACUAUUACAGCAUGAUAAUGUGGGAGGGGGUAAAUAUAUGUACUUUGUAUUCAGUUAUAUCACUGAAUAUAUUUGUGAGACAACAUAGAACACAGUAUUUUGUAUAUUUCGCUUUAGGGUGUAUUUAAAUGUGUGUGCAAUAGAAUUGAGGAUGGGCAGACUGACCACAUUGUCCAAAGAUAUUUAUGUUUACCCGUUUCCCAAAUGUAAACACUAACGCUAAUACAAUACAGUAGUCUUUCACUGGAUCACUCAGAAAUGUGUGUUUGUUGUAUUUUGUUUACAUAACAAGAACUCUCAUUUAAUCAGUGUUCUGAUUUUUUAUCAUUUUUGAUGUGGCAGAUUUGUAAGACAUAUUUUAACUAGUUUUAUACAUUUUUUAACUACAAAGCCAAUUUCUUUUGUAUAGCCUUAAAAGCUCUAAUUUUUGGAACAAGCCUUCUUGACUCGGCACUGUCCAACAUUUCCGUAGUGUUACCUUGGAUGAAGAGUUUUCGAGUUCAACGCCUAGAAACGUUCCCACACAGCGAAACAAUUCCCAAAUCUAAAACAAUUUCCCAAUUUGGGAUCAAUAAAGUUGAUCUCAUUAAAAUCCAGGCAGAGGACUAGUGUUCCUACUCGGUGUGCCUUUAACAACACUUGCUUAACCCUUUUUUAUAGUGACUUCCUGUCAUGUGCACACACUUUUUUAUUCGGUAGGUUGUGUUUUCUCUUUAUUUAUUAUGAAUGAUUGAAUUUUGCAUUGAGGCCAAAUGUCUUCAUUUUGUCUUAAAAUGUUUGUCAUGAGAUCUGGGAUAGUUUGGUCUCACUGUGAACGGCUUAAAGAAACACUUGCUACAGUUUGAGAAAAUGGGCACGCAAUUACGUUACAAAUCCUUUCAAAGUGUUUGACAUGGUGUUACAUAUCUGCUCUAAUAUCCAGUGUAGGGUCACUCACAGGUGGUCAUCAAACGUCUGUCCUGUGUUUGAGAUAUUGCACCUAAAAAGGCUGUUUUGUACUGAUUGACACAUGGCAUGCUACAUUUUUAACCAAUAAACCAAAGACUUAGAAAUACAAUAACUCAA